AUGGCAGAACCUGCAACGAAGAAGAAGGAGAAGAUAUCAUCUUUGUACCCAGACUGGUCUCAGCUCCCGGAAGAGCUACUGCACCUUAUCUCCAAGAAUAUGAAGGAGAACAACUGUUUCGAUGUAGUUCAUGCUCGCUCUGUUUGCACCUCGUGGCGAUCCGCGUUUGCCUUUCCUUCUUCCCUUUUACGCCCACGUUACUCUAUUCCCACUUUCAAAAGCGAAAGCGAAGACUUGUUCACCCUGGAGAAGAUCCCUUUGUUCCUCUUUAGAGUCAAAACUCCUCCUCCUACCGCUCGUAAUGUUGUGUUGCCUUGUGAGUAUUUUCUAGGAGCAAUAAGCCGAGAUAAUCAUAUGGAGCUUCUUCCAUCUCCCCUUGAGUGCUCAAUGGAAGUGACUAUUCCAGGAGCUGUGCCAACCUUCGUGAACAUGCGUGACUGCCAGAUCAUCCCUCUGGGCCAUAAGUACAGACUGAUUGACUGGGAAACAAGUCACGUGGCUUUUCUUCCGGUUGACAAGGAGGGAGGAGGAGAAUUUGUUGUGCUUCGUAGCUGCUAUAACUGUUUUAUGGUGUUUGCAAGUGUCGAAAAGAGGUGGAAGCGGCUCAAGAACAUCCCACAUGGUGUAUGCUCGAAUAUAGUCACUUUUAGAGGCAGAUUUUAUGCAUCUCAUUCGGGAGAAGUUUUUGUUAUCGAUCCUUAUUCGCUGAAGGUAACUCUCCUGUUCCCCCCACCUCAGGAUCACGUACACUUUCUGGUUCCAUGUGGGAAUGAUGAACUUUUCCUCGUUAGGACAAUCAUCCCAGGAGAUGGUGUAUCACAGUUUAGUAGGCUAACCUGUAGAGUAAGUAGGCUUAAUGAGAAGGCUGGUACAUGGGUUGAGGUCAGCAAUCUGGGAGACCAUGUAUUUUUUAUUACUGGUCACUUUGGAAAUUUCUCUUGCUCAGUUAAGGAGCUUCCUCAUGGUUGUGGUUUGACUGAAAACUCGAUUUUGUUCACCCAGCUGCCAAGAGAUAUAGCUUUCCCCUAUAUAUACGGAGUACAUACAAGAAACUCAUGGAAGAAUUGUUUGGUUAAACUCAACACAUCCUUUCCGAUCAUGGCUUUCCCUGCUGAGCACUACUAG